AUGGGUAGCCCUUUCAUAGCUCGCCCUCUUCUGCAAUCAGCUAUCCAGCCAGCACUUGUCUCUCCUUCACUCACACUCAUGCGCACCAUGAAGGUCAGAGCCUCGGUCAAGAAGAUAUGCGAUGGAUGCUCAACUGUUAAACGACGUGGAAAAGUUUUUGUCGUCUGCAGCAAGAACAAGAAGCACAAGCAAAGACAAGGAUAG